AUGCCAGUCUGCCACGCUUUCGAGCAUAUCGAUUUCAGUACAGGAGCUCCCCGCCACGUCGUUGCAGCUAUAACUACUGCCGGUACCUACUACCUCCGUGCCGGUCUGCGCUCUGCUACAGCUGCCGUUUCCGUGGCAGCGAGGAGGCCCGUCGGUAUCCUUCCCGGUCACGACAGCUCGCUGUCGAAGCGAUCCACAUCGCCGUCGUCCUGGCGUUUCUGCAUGCUUCUGCCGUCUCGCUUUUUGGCAAGGCAGAGGACACAGCCUCAGCAGCGAAAGCUUGUGCUACAGCCGCCGCCGCCGCCACCGCCGCCGCAGCAGCAGCAGCGGCGGAUGGCUGUGCUAGGGGCAAACAUUUUGCCGGGCGCACCGCGGCGGUUGUUGUCGGCAAAAUUGUCGCCCUCACCUUUGCCACUUCUGCCAUCUUCCAUGUCAACCGCCUCGUCGCCAGCACCCGCUGGUUCCUCUUCUACGCCGUGCUCGGUGUGCAUCCAUGUGGAGGUGAUACCGCCGCCGCCGCCGUCGCCGUCGCCUCCGCCACUGGGGCAGCUGCUGCUGCGCGGCCGUAGCGCAUUGCGGCCAGACCCGCCCUCCCUGAGUCGUCAGAGUUGCGAUGACCUGGCGAGCCGGAUCGCCACUUUCCUGAAUGGCAUUCCAUCGCGCACUGACUAUUACAAUUACAACUACUAUGAUGACGACGGCUACAGCCACGGCAGUUUGGAUAAUGGCAACGCCAACGCCUCUGCCCCAGGUAUUACGCUGCGACAGCAGUUUCGCUUGGAGAGCUGUGAUGCGUCUUCCUUGCGUGUGUGCGGUUCAUACAACAAUCCGGAAGGGGUUGAUUCUCGAGCGGUGGCGGUGUGGAGCUUCCGGCUAGGUGAUUUCCUCCAGGAGUUGCUGAUGGGCCUUCCAGCCCGGGUGCUCUCAACCUCUGAGGCCUCGGGGUCGUCAGCCUGCGAGUCACGCGGGGGCCAGCUGGCAGGAUACACGUUGAGGGCAUACGGGCAACCUGUAUCUGGGGGCAGCGAUGGCAGCGACUCAUCUUGCAUCGGUUUUAAGGAAAUGGGGAACCCCAGCGGGAGCUCGUGCCCACAGGAGGCCAGAGUCUCCUUCCAGCUGCAGCUGAUGUACAAAAUCAAGGAUGCCGCCAACAGCAACAACCUGAAGUUGGACUGGUCCCAACAGGUCUGCACCUCUACGGAUAUCAUCUUUUGCACGAGCGUCAACACAACCAGCAACUUUGCGGACUUGAGCGAGAUGCUGGGAAUUGUCCUACCAAGUAUUGUCAAGAAGCUCUGCAACGACAGCGGCGCCCCACUGGCGUCACGUAAAAACAUUCUAUGGUACGGCAGUUAUCCGUUGAUUAGCUCUCAGCCAGUUACGGCAUUGACUUUCAGCAGCUGUUUGAUACCGCCGGCACCACCGCCGUCACGAAACUCCCAGCCGCCGCCAUCGUUGAUGUCGCCCCCUCCCCGGCCUCUGGUCCCCCUGCCGUGCGUGUACGGCUCCAACGCGUCGUCUGUUGGACCACUGAGGCUGCGUCGGGAAGUGCAGAUUGAGUCCAACAUCUCCAUUCAGGGAGUAGCCCUGGGGCGAUCUAUUCCCUGCUUCGCGCUGGAGGUGGCAUCAGACAGCAGCACAACCCCGCCCAAUGCCUGCAACGCCACCCGACUGACCGGCCUCAUAUUCCGGGCCAGUGACACCGCGAAAUCAGCCCUCAAAAGCAUAAUCUUCCGUACAGCGCUGGGGGACAUACAGGCGAAUUCAAGCUCAAUAUGGAAGCUAUGGAACACCCUGCCAGGCAGCAGCAGUACAAACAACAGCAGCAGCAGCAGCAACGUCAGCACCACCGUGCCCGACACGCUGGCUGUCCUGGAACAGUUGAUGGACCCCAAGGACUUCCCAUCGAGGUGGACGGUGGACCAGGUCCGGAGCCAGUCAGCUGUGGGACGAGCUCGCGUGUGUUUGGACAUCGAACCAAAACUGCUCCGGGACUUCUGCAUGGGUGAUACGUGUAUCGUACACCUGUACUACAGCGCGUCGUGCUGCCCGGCGGAUUCAGCCACCUUCCCGGUGACUAGCUGA